AUGAGCACAAAAUUCAAUGCUCUCAUUCAAGCUGGAAAUAUCAAGCUUUAUUUGCUUAUAUAUGUGGAUGAUAUUCUUAUAACUGGCACCCAUGUUGAUCACAUCAGUACUCUUAUCACUAAUUUGAGUAAACUAUUCUCCAUGAAAGAUUUGGGUCCAUUACACUAUUUCUUGGGUAUUGAGGAUGUGCGGUCCUUUCAUGGACUUUCUUUAACUCAGACCAAGUACACUUUAGAUCUUCUACACCGCACAAACAUGACAGAUGCUAAACCUGUUUCAACUCCGACGGCUAGUGGCAAAUGUUUGAGUAUCAAUGAUGGCACUCCUCUUCAUGAUGGCACCCAAUAUCGGAGUGUUGUAGGAGCCUUGCAGUAUCUAACACUAACUCGCCCUGAUAUAUCAUUUGCCGUUAAUCAGGUAUGCCAGUUUCUGCAUUCCACAACAAAUGUGCAUUGGGCGGUUGUCAAACGGAUUCUCCGUUAUCUCAAACAUACACCUACAUAUGGCUUGUUCUACACUCCGAGCACCUUGCAGUUAACAGGUUAUAGUGAUUCUGAUGAUGCUGGGGAUCCAGACACAAGAAUCUUAACUGGUGACACUUGCAUAUACUUAGGUUCAAACCUAAUUUCAUGGAGUUCUAAAAAGCAAAGUGGAGUAUCUCGAUCCAGCACGGAGGCAGAGUAUCGUCAAUUGGCCUAUACUGCUACCCAUAUUUCUUGGUUUCGAACUCUAUUUCGGGACAUAGACAUUCCUCUCCAGUCUCUUACCUUAUGGUGUGACAACGUUAUUGCCAUAUCUCUUGCUUCCAACCCUGUUUUCCAUACACGAACAAGACAUGUGGAAGUUGAUUAUCAUUACAUAAGGUGGUUCGCAAGGAGAUUAACGUUGGCUAUAUAUGCUCCCGAGAUGAACUCGCGGAUAUCUUCACCAAGGGUCUGA